AUGAAACUCUUUGCAUUCCUACUCACGCUCUCUUCAUGGGCUCUCAAUGGUUCUCUUGCAGACGACGACAUGUGUGGUGUGACCAACAUCCCUGUUGGUGCGGUGGCUACACCUGCUGAUGGAAGCUACUACGACGAAUCCCGCAAGCAGUGGGCUUCCAGUAUGGGGUCCACUUCGAUGAGUGAUGCCAUGUUGAGUCCUGAGGCCAUUGUCUACUGCACCGGUGAUGAAGAGGUCCUCAGCAUCAUCGACUUCGCUUCCCAAUGUGGCUACAAGUUGUCGGUUCGAAGUGGAGGUCACCAGUACUCAGGCUACUCCUCGUGUGAAGCUGGAACACGCUGCAUUCAAGUUGACGUGUCGGGGAUCAAAUCAUUCUCGUACGACGACGAUAGUAACCUCGCAACUCUUGGUGCUGGGCUCAAGGUUGACGAAGUCACAUGGAAUCUCUUCCCACUUGGUCUCGUUCUCCCAAUGGGCAUCUGCAACUCUGUGGGACUUGGUGGCCACCUCCAAUCCUCAAGUCUUGGAUUCUUUGCUAGCUCCUUUGGGUUGGGAAUGGAUCUGGUCAGGUCAUUUCGUAUUGCCACUGCUGACGGAACCAUCCAGACUGUAACCCCCGACAGCAACCCAGAUCUCUACAAAGCAGUGCUGGGAGCUGGGAAGUAUGUGGACAUCGCCAGCAUGCCGGAGAUUGCCAACGACGCUAUGCCUUUUCUGGUUGUCGCCCCCCGGGAGCAAGCCCCCACCAGCGGAGAUUUUACGCAUUACAUCACGCUCAUCGUUUCUUGGACGGGGAAGGACAACGGACCUCUCUUUGACAACUUUGAUGCCGAAAGCCCAAAUGAGAAGUAUGCCACAUAUAUCCAACCUUUCCGAGAUAUUGCAGAGCCUGCAAUCAUCAACUUGAAUCAACCCGUCCCUAUCCACAAUCAGAUGGCUGGGUUUGCCUUUGACUUCAACCAGCAGCCGUUCCGAUACCAUGUAGCUAGCAUAAGCACAGAUGACUAUAGCCUUGAUGCCAGCUACUGGGAAAUGGUGGCCACGGAAGUGGACGACCGACUCGCCAUGGACAAUCUCUAUUCGUCGUUGCAGUUCCAAGGCUACGGCGGAGCUGGGGAUGGUAGCCAGUUCAAUCGCAAUACUGGGUUGAACUCAUUCCCUUUCCGAGACUUGAAGAUUCACUUUGAUGACUGGGUGUUCUUUCUCGACGAUGAUCAAGAAGAAGUUGCCCGAGGACGAGUCAAUGGCUUGCGAGACAGCACCGAAAGCUACUGGCGCGACCCCAGUGGAACCGAAGGCUUCUGGAUGACUACCCGGACCACCGACGUCGAAGAUUUGACCACGAAAGAUGAUCUUUGGAAAGAGUUCUACCCCGACCGAGCCACGUUCAUGUCACUCCAAGACGUAAAGGAACGGGUGGAUCCAUGCAACGUCUUUAGCUCGGACACCACAAUUCCACUCAAAGAUAGUUCCAACAAAAAGGACUGUCCUUCGUAUCCUUGA